AUGGACAAGGAGGUUCAGGAAGAUCGACCUUUGGCCGAGAAGGAAGAUGGAAUGGAGCAGCUUGUAGCUGAGGAAGGACUUGAAGCAGAGCAGCUUGUACCUGAGGAGAGUUUAGCCAUUCCAACUGGCCCAAUCACUCGUUCAAGAACUAAGGCACUAAACCAAGCAAUUGGCAAAGUCCUUAGCGCCUUGAACCAACAAGAAACCAAGCCAACUACUCUGAAUUUCCUCUCACUUGUUGUGUGUAAUAUCAACACGUUGGAGGCGGUGUUAGAGAUCCAAUUCCGCGGGUUCUCUAGUAUAGCCAUCGAUCCAUUCAUCAUUCUCAUUCAACUCUCAUCCAUCAUUGGAUCCUUUGUGUUCCAAUCCGCUCAAACACUUAGCUUUCAAGCCGAUCUAUUCCAGGGGCGUAUCACUAAUCCUUUAGAUUUCAUAGGUUAUCUAGAUUCGGUUACAAAACCAACUUGGGUUCAUGACGCUGCAUUCACUUUGACUGACGAGAAAACAACCGCCCGGAUCAAAUUUACCCUGAAGGACACUUCUGGAACAUCUAUUAAUUGCCUUGCCUACGGUGAGCUUGCCUUCCAAAUUGAUGAUAGGUGGUUUAAGAACAGACACAACGAAGUCAUUAUGACCUUAAGCGACUGGAAACUUGCUUACAUUCCAAUUCUGAUUCUAGCGGCUCAGAUGACAGCGGCUCUUGUGCUGGACCUUCUGAAACGGCAUGCAAUGGUGGUGGAAAUGCUACAAAAGUUAUAA